AUGUCUCUCUACUUUGAUGCGGUCAAUAUUCUGACCGAGCCAGCUUCAGGCGGCUCCUUCAAAUCGCGUAUCUACAGUGCUCGAAAUUUGCGCGCCACACCAGCACAGAUCUACGCCCUGAUCAUCGAGACAUCGAAAUGGGAUCGCGUUCUCGCCGAGAUCAUUGACCGGUCUGAUUUACUAAAUUUGGAGCGCAAGCUAUCACCUCUCCUUGCGCUUCUUCUCGUCCAUGACCACCUGAUUGCGAAAAAGGGCAUCUCGGCCCCAACGGCACACCCCCUCCGACAAGCUGUUGAGAGACACAAGGUUCGAUUAAAGGCGGAGUUCACGAAGUCCCGCGUGCGUCGUGGAUGUGCAUCGGUUGAACAGUUCAAGACUGCGGUCUUGCGGGAAAAACGAGAGGCGGAUGGAUCUGAUGGCUUCGUUUACCCGCGCUGGGUGCGUGUGAACAACAUCAGGUCUUCUCUGGAAGACCAGAUGAAAACGACUUUUGCUUCUUAUCGUCGUGUCGACUCAUUGGCGGAAUUGGCGCCAGAAGGGGAUGACCGUACUGCUCGGCAGUUGCUGUAUCUGGAUCCUCAUAUCCCAGAUCUGGUAGCCGUACCAUAUGGCGCGGAUUUCACAUCUUCCGCCGCAUACAAGAAUGGAGAGAUUAUUUUGCAGGACAAGGCAUCUUGUUUCCCUGCUUAUCUCCUGUUAGGCGACCGUGGGCCCGAGGACGCCUGGCAGGGUGAUUUGGUGGAUGGUUGCGCGGCUCCAGGAAAUAAGACCACUCAUCUGGCAUCUCUGCUUGCAAAGCAGCAAAAGCAUCACAAGAGACAAAUGAAACAGGUAUUCUGCAUGGAUGCUUCUAGAGUACGAUCCAAGACAUUACAAAAAAUGGUUUCCUUGGCCGGCGCGGAUCAGACCGUCACAGUGUUACCCGGUCAAGACUUUCUAGCCCUCGAUCCCACGGACGAGAGAUUUGAGCAAGUGACAGGUCUUCUCUUGGAUCCGAGUUGCUCGGGAAGUGGAAUCAUUGGCCGUGACGAUGUUCCAGAGUUCACAUUGCCCAAAGCUGCGACAUCAUACGCUCCCAAUACCCAGGGUAAGAAGCGGAAGCGUCAGGCAAAUGAGGCCGACGAAGCCGGCGAGCAGCGCUCGAAAGGAAAACCUAGCGACGUUAAACCCUCGUCUGAUCCAGCGGAUGAAAAUGAUAUCCCCACUGGUGAAGUUGACCAAGAACGGCUGGUCAAGCUGUCAAAUCUUCAAACGCGCAUUGUGGAACAUGCCUUGAGUUUCCCUCAUGCGACGCAUGUCACUUACAGCACCUGUUCUAUCCAUUUGAUUGAGAAUGAGUCUGUCGUGCAACGGAUCCUGGCCUCUGAUGUCGCUAAAGAGGGCGGCUGGCGACUUCUGCGGCGCGAUGAGCAACCGGAGGGAAUGCGCAAGUGGACACAUCGUGGAGUCCGGCGCGAUCGGGAUCCAGAGACCAAAGCUGAGAUCGAAUCUAGCUCAGUCUCAGUAGAUGACCUUUCAGAGGAAGAUCUCGAUGCUUGUGUGCGCUGUUGGUCUGGCGAUGCUGAAGGACUAGGCGGAUUCUUUGUUGCUGGAUUCGUUCGUGACCCCCGACUUGCGUCUGAAGUAACUGAAACCAAGUCCAAAGACAAACAGGCGGAUGUUCAAGAUGACGAACAAGAGGAGGAGGAUGAGGAGGAGGAAGAUGAUGACUGGGAAGGCUUCUCUGAUUAA